GCCCACUCGGAGCGGGGUAGUCGGGCCGGACUUCGGCUCUGAAAGCAGUGCCUGCCUGUGACCUCUCGCCCUUCCCAUGACAUGCCGACCUUCCGCCCCUACCCGAGCGCUGGUAACUUUGGGAGCGAGUCUACCUCAGACAUCACCCGCACCUUGAGACACAAUCUCGUCCGCAACAUAACCCAGAAUCCCCAUAACCCUUACGAUGGCGCCUGUUUACAAGUUCGCGAUCAUCCAGCUUCAGCCGAAGGAUGUCGCCGUGGCGGACAACUUCGCCCGGGCCGAGUCCUUCAUCCGGCAGGCGGCCGCCCAGCUUGCCGGAAUACCACCUUACCUCGUGGUGCCCCGACCACCCGGACUUCGUUGCGUCCUGCGUCGAGUCCAUGUCCUAUCUCGCGCGCUACCAGGCGCUGGCCCGCGAACUCAACAUUAACAUCGUGCCCGGGACCAUCUGCGAGGUGCAUCCUGUGCCCUCGGGCGAAGCCCGAAACGCCGCCGACACACCUAGGAAAAUCUUCAACGUCGCGUACUGGAUCUCCGCCGGCACCGGCGCCCUCGCGGCCUCCUACACGAAGAAGAACCUCUGGCACACCGAGCGCCCGCACCUGACCGCCAGCGAGGCGCCCACGCCGCACGCCGCCUUCGACACCCCGCUCACCUGGCCGGCCGAGGGCGGCGGCGACGGAAGCGGCGGCCGCCCGAUCCGCGCCGGCAUGCUGAUCUGCUGGGACCUGGCGUUCCCGGAGGCGUUCCGCGCGCUGGUGGCCGACGGCGCCGAGCUGAUCGUCAUCCCCAGCUUCUGGGUGUGCGACGGCAGCGACCUGGACGAGGAGCGCCGGCGGCUGAACCCGCGCUGCGAGGAGCUGUACCUCAACAGCGUGCUGGUCGCGCGCGCGUUCGAGUACGAGAGCGUCAUCGUGUACUGCAACACCGGCGGGGUCAGCCACGUCGUCGCGCCCGUUGUCGGCGGGGUGGGCGGCGAGCAGGGCCUGGGGCUGAAUGAGGAGGUCAUGAGGGUCGUCGAGGUCGACUUCGCGACUGUGCCGCUGCUGGAGAGGGAGUAUAAGAUUAGGGAGGAUAUGAGGAAGGAAGGUUUCUAUUAGGCUUGGGCAAGAGACCGAUGAGAAGAUGAGAAUAAGUUCGUGGCACGCCACAUGAGUUCUCGCCUUCUUUGUGUGCUACUCCCCGGUGCUAUGCUGCACACCGAGUGCAGAGCUCCCGCUGCUGGCUGCCGAUCCGCUCAGAGCGGGUUGGAGGCCCCCUCUUCCAAGUAAGGUAGUGGAGGCUUGGUUGUCUCUCCAACUGGCAACUCGAGCGAGGCAGAUCGGCCUAAUCCUUCAUUGAAGCCCAAAGUCCCAGCAUUUGCUGAAACCCGG